AUGAUCGCCGCGCUCCUCGUCCUCGCGCUCGCCCCGCUGCACGCCUUCACGGCGCCGCGCGCCGCGCGCGCGGCCACGCAACUCUUCGCGGCGCCGCCCAUCGACGGCCUCGCGGACCGGCUCCUCGCGGCCAAGGUCGCGUCGGGCAAGACGUUCGACGACAUCGCGGCCGAGCUCGGCUUCACGAACACGUACACGACGCAGCUGCUCCUGGGCCAGGCCCAGCUCAAGCCCGACACGCGGCCGAAGCUCGAGAAGGCCGUGCCCAAGAUCAAGAAAGAGGAUUUGGACGCGAUGAUGGUCGCGCCGUUCCGGUCCUGGGACGACGAGAUCCUCAAGGAGCCCAACGUCUACCGCACCUACGAGGCCAUCACGCACUACGGCAACGCCAUCAAGCUCCUCAUCAACGAGAAGUUCGGCGACGGCAUCAUGUCGGCGAUCGACUUCUACAUGACCGUCGGCGGCACGGUGGGCAAGGCGGGCGAGAAGCGCGUCGUCAUCACCUUCAACGGCAAGUUCCUCCCCUUCAUCGAGCAGGCCGUCGACAUGAACACGGCCGCGUCGCCGGAGAUCGACGAGUGA